AGAGAUCGCUCCCCGGAACUUCUCCGCCUUGUAAGCUUCCCGUCGGGGUCCCUUUCUAUGUCGCGUCCGCUGUUGCUUUUGCUUUGGGCGGCCGUAGCGACUGCCGCAGCCGCUGCUAAUUCCCGGCCUUGGUGGCAAUGGGAAGCGAUGGCUCGCUUGCAGCCGGAGGCGGAGGAAACCCGUCAGGCCACAGCGGUGCGGAAACUCCUGGAGCGACUUCUGGGGCCGAGGGCAGCUUCUGCCUUCGCGGUAUCCGUGAACCGGUCUUUGGCCGGGCCUGGCGGUCUCGACACGUACCGGCUGAGCUCGGAGAAGCCGGGCACGAUAAACGUCUCUGGCUCAAGCGGAGUGGCCGCCGCCUCGGGAAUCUACCAUUACCUGAAGGACUUCUGCGGCUGCCACGUGUCCUGGUCUGGGAGGCAGCUCCGACUGCCGCAGAGUUUGCCCCCUGUCUCCGCAGAGAUUAUCGUCACCAGCCCCAACAGGUUCCGCUUCUAUCAAAAUGUCUGCACUUACAGCUAUUCCUUCGUGUGGUGGAACUGGGACCGCUGGGAACAGGAGAUUGAUUGGAUGGCACUCCAUGGUAUUAACAUGGCACUGGCAUUCACCGGGCAGGAAGCCAUCUGGCAGCGUGUGUAUUUGUCGUUGGGUCUAAAGCAAUCAGAAAUUGAUGAGUACUUCACUGGCCCUGCUUUCCUAGCUUGGAACCGGAUGGGGAAUUUGCACUCUUGGGCAGGACCAUUGCCCUUCUCCUGGCAUCAGAAAAAACUAAAUUUACAGUACAGGAUCCUAGAGAGGAUGAGAUCUCUGGGUAUGUUGACAGUGCUUCCCGCAUUCUCUGGUCAUAUCCCGCAAGGCAUUCUAAGAGUUUUUCCACAGGUCAAUGCCACACAGCUGGGGAACUGGAGCCAUUUUGAUUGCACCUAUUCAUGUGCUUACCUCUUGUCACCUGAAGACCCCAUGUUUCAGGUUAUAGGGACUCUCUUUCUAAAAGAGCUUAUCAAAGAGUUUGGUACAGAUCAUGUAUACAGUGCUGACACCUUCAAUGAGAUGCGCCCGCUUUCAUCAAAUACCACCUAUCUCUCCCAGAUCAGCACAGCUGUCUUCCACACCAUGACUGGAGUUGACCCCCAUGCCAUAUGGCUGAUGCAAGGUUGGCUUUUCCAACACCAGAGAGACUUUUGGCAACCUGCCCAAGUUAAAGCCCUUCUUCAAGGUGUACCUAUAGGCAGGAUGCUGGUGCUGGACCUCUUCGCUGAAUCUAAGCCUGUCUACCUCUGGACUGAGUCCUUCUAUGGGCAGCCUUUCAUUUGGUGUAUGCUUCACAACUUUGGUGGGAACCAUGGACUUUUUGGCAUGGUGGAGAGCAUCAACCAAGGUCCUUUUGAAGCCAGACGUUUUCUCAACUCUACUAUGAUUGGCAUUGGCCUCACCCCUGAAGGUAUUGAACAAAAUGAUGUGAUAUACGAACUCAUAACAGAUUUAGGUUGGCUCAAGGAGCCAGUAAAUCUACAGCAGUGGGUUGCCACCUACAGUACAGAGCGCUAUGGUGUCAAAAACAUGCAAGUAAUAAAGGCCUGGCAACUGCUAUUCCAGAGUGUCUACAAUUGUUCAGGGCCUUGUGUAAAUCACAACCACAGCCCCCUUGUUCGCCGUCCUUCUUUUCGGAUGAACACAGAGGUCUGGUAUAAUAAGAGUGAUGUCUACGAAGCCUGGCAGCUGUUUCAGAAUACUUCUGGUGAACUGGGCAACAGCAGCACCUUCUGCUAUGACCUCGUGGAUGUGGUACGUCAGGUUCUGCAGCAGCGAGUGAGUGAUUACUAUUUGGAAAUCAAACAGGCUUUUCAGAAACGUGUGUUGUCACAACUCCUGAUUACUGGUGGAGUUCUAAUCUAUGACCUUCUUCCAGAACUGGAUGCUCUUCUCUCCAGUGACAGGCGUUUUUUGCUGGGAGGAUGGCUGGAAGCUGCCCACAAAAUGGCCACCAGCAAAAAAGAGGAACAAUUGUAUGACUUCAAUGCACGCAACCAGCUAACUCUCUGGGGACCUGAUGGCAAUAUUUUGGACUAUGCCAAUAAACAGCUUGCAGGGCUGAUGCUGGACUAUUACAGGAUGCGUUGGAAGCUUUUCAUUAUCACCUUGGUGAAAUGCCUCAAUUCUGGAACACCUUUUCACCAGGAUCAAUUUAACCAAGCUGUCAUCAAAGUAGAAAGGAGAUUUAUCUACAAUGGAAAACAGUAUCCAUCAAAACCUAUAGGCAAUAUGCUAGACAUAGCUACAAAGAUAUAUCUUAAAUAUUACCCCCUGCCAUGAAGUACAAUCACUUGAUGGCAGUGUAAUGGAGACACUCUGUUCUCGGUAUAACUUUUUGGAUUAUUGAUUGCAGCUUUGUACUUGUCUUGUAUUGGUUUACCGAGUCAAAGCUCACUCUGAUUAUUUUAACGGAUGUCCCAACAUCCACAAAUAGAACUGGAACUAUAAGAGAGAAAAGGCCUAGUUUUCAACUUUUAGGAGAAGAGAUACAUCAGGCUAUGUGCAAAAUCGUGGAAGUAAUACUUCUAAUGGGUAGCAACUGAAUGUAAUCAUUGGCAAAAAUUCAGCAUAUGAUCUUAAGAGUAAAUAUAAAGGUUUUCCCCAUCAUGUCAGACUCUAGGAGGUGGUACUUAAGCCUCGUUUCUUAGUCAAGGGAACCAGCAUUGUCCAAAGAUAUUUCUGUGGUUAUGUGGCCAGCAUGACUAUAUGUGAAAGGAACAUGGAAUGCCAUUACUUUACCACUGAAGUGGUACUUAUUUAUCUACUUGCAUUUGUGUGUUUUUGGACUGCUAGGUGACCAGGAGCUGGAGCAUGUAAUGAAAGCUCACCCUGUCGCAUGACACUUGGGUCUCGAACCUGGGCUGUGAGCUUUCCAGCUGACAAGCUCAGUGUCUUUAAUUGCUGAGCCAUCUUAGAGGUACCUGCCUUUGUUAUGCAAAUAAUUGGAGCAUGGCUCCAAUUAAGUUCAAAAGUGUGUUUGACUGUAUUAGCAGAAAUGAGUGCUAUUUGUACAGAUGGUCACAAAGCCAUGUUUGGCUCCUCAGGACAACUAUAUCCCUACUCAGCCAUCUUUCUGUCUGUAAAUCAUUCUAUGCAAUUGAUACCCGUGUAAUUUUGCUCCUCUGAGAAAGUGCCUAUAAAGGAAAUUGCUCUUGAUUUACGCAGAACCUCUAUAGGCAAAGCCAUAUUAGUUUUGUUGAAAAUCUUAUUAGUUUGUUGAAGAAUCGCCAAACUAAAAGAGAAAUAUGUUUUUCUCUUUCCUCUAUAGCUAUAAUAACAAAAGAAAAGAUGCAUAACUGAUUCCAGUGCCUGCUGAUCAUUUAUAUGCUAGUUUAUAGGGUGCCCUUCCAAAGUUAGUAAGAACAGCUUGGAAGGGAUUCAACUGAAGUUCUCAUUUCACAAACAUUGGAUUGGCUUUGAGAUGAACCAAAGUUUUCCUCUUCAUGGACUUGGAAAUAACUUUAGGGAGAGUACCCAAGCUGUUCCCACUAGUUACCUUCCAGGUAUAUAGAUCCACAGUUCCCAUUAUCUUUUCAUUAUGGAGCAUGUGAUAAUUACAUGGUCUAAUUAAUCUAAUGGAAAAGAUUAAUUCAUCUAGUUAAGACAAUUUCCUCAAACCUUCUUCGUAGCCCAUGUGUUUUAUUAUUUUCUUCUGGUCAUAAUCUUUUACAGUGCUUUGCUCUUCUUGAAUUACAAAAUUAUAUUUACACUCACCCAGAUUCAUAUAGGUACAUCAUAAAGUCUAACCUAGUGAUUUCUGAGUUUUAUUAUUGUACAGGAGUGCCCUCUUGUGGUCAAAGAGAGGCAAAACGAAGACUUGGUGUAUUUCAAAGGAUAUAGUAAUAUAUAUAUCUGGAACCCUUCUAUUUGAUGGCAAAAAGAUGUAAUACAGCUUUUUCUGUAAUCACUUAGCUGUCCUUCUGUAAGUGCAAUUUCAGAAAAAGAAAUAAUUGGUUUAAGGGGCUGCAGACACAUAACAAUGAAUCUUAAAACAUUUUUCUGGCUUCAAAUUGCUGUCCACAUAGAAUACAUAGCAAAAAUGUAGGAUUUUAGAACAAAACAAAGCAACAAAAAUCCUAGGUAUAUUAGGAAUGUAUCUAUUUUAAAUAAGCAUAAUCAGCAUCUUAAUCCAAGAAGAUUUUGGAAAAGGGCUAUAGCUUAGUCAUUUCACGCUAGAUUUCUCAUAUCAAUCUCUAGUAUUUCAAGUAUGAAUUUGUCAGAAAUCCUGAAGAGCAUUAGUAAUUAGAAUAUACAUUGUUUAAGUCUCUUCUUUAAUAGUUAGUUUCCUAUAUAAGUACAGUCUUGUAAUUUACAAUUUACAAUGCUUUUAAAAAUGAUUUUUGGAUAAGUACUGUUUUCUGUCUUCAUCUGCAUAUAUAGCCAAAUUUGCUUCAAUAAUAGAGAACUCUGGGACAGCUUUCCCCUAGCACCUGUUUAUUUGCUAAAAGCUUCCAAAGACCUGCAAGCUUCCUUAAGGGAGACUCCCAAGUUGUUUGAAUAACGAGGCAAAGCUGGAAAUAAAUCAUUUUCAUAUAGGUAACUGUAAUAAAGUAUCCAUGGUAUCUGCCACCACUAAAAAUAAGAUGCAAAAAGUCAUAGCAUCAAUACCUUCUAGCAAAUAUAUGAAGUAUGGAGGACACAAUGUUCUUCUGAAUGUAGAAGUGUGAUAAAUACUGUUUUUAAGGCUAAGAAGUGACCAGAGAAUUCCAAACAACUAAUUUUGUUUUGCAUUUAAUUGUAUUCUUUUAUUUUAUGGCUAGUUACCUUAAGUAUCUUGUCAGAUGGGUAACAAGGGACAUCUGUAAUAAAUAAAACAUUUGGUUUGAAUAUAA